AUGUCCAACUUCAAUUCGUUUGCCAACUCACUAAGGGAGAACUUGCAAAGUUUCUCGAACACCGUGUCACAAAAGACCCAUGAAUUGUCUACAAACAUCCCUACGUUGGCCCAGAGUACCCAGCGUAUGGUCCAGGAGAAACUAGGCCAAGUCACUGACAUUAGUCAAUUACCUCAAGAAUAUCUUGAGCUGGAGAACAAGGUAGACACCAUUAAGAUUGUUUAUGAGCACUUCUUGCAAGUCACUGCUGUUUAUGAGAACGAGUCCUAUGACUAUCCAAAGUAUGUUAGUGAAUCUGUCAAUGAGUUUUCCAAGAAUAUGGCUGCUAAGGUUCAGGAGUUGAGUAAAGCCACUUCUGCCACCGAGGCACAAAAUAUUCUGGUUGCACCUGGUCCAGUAAAGGAACCCAAGACACUGAACUAUGCCAUGAGCAAAGUUGCUUUGAACGCCAGCGAGUACUUGAAUCACAGCUUCGAUGACCCAAUGGACGCUAAGCUAUCCAAGGUGCUCCUGAACUACAGCGAUGUCCAAACCAAAGUGGCCCAAGCAAGAUUGCAACAGGAUACCCAGAUUCAAACAAAAUUUAACAAAGUUAUAAGGGAGAACUUGGCUGAAAGCAUUGCCAGAGCCAACAAAGCACGUAAGGAUGUCCAGUCUAAGAGACUACAAUACGACGUCGCAAGAACUAACCUACAAAACGCGAAACCUGAGAAGGAAGCUGGUCUAAGAGUACAAAUGGAAACUUUGGAGGAUCAAUUUGCACAAGCAACCGAAGAUGCUACUGUAGUUAUGCAAGAGGUUAUUGCUAGUGCCAACUUCUUACCUAGUUUGAAAGAAUUGGCUACCGCUCAAUUAGAAUACUACGAGCAAUCUGCUAAAUUGAUGAAGGAAUUUAUAUCUUCCGUUGACUCUUCUAGCUCUGACGCUCCAGCUUCCAAGACUUCCAAGACUUCUCAGACUAGCACCACUACUGAUGCCGGCAUCUCUCUAGAAGAUGACGACGACGAGCCAUUGCCUCCAAAAUAA